AUGAUGACAAAAGUCCAGUGCACGAGGCUAUGCAUCCACGAUGAAGUUCAAGGAUCAAACGAUACAACUGAUGUGAAGUCCUGUGGUACGCGCUCAGCUAAAAGUGGAUCUCGUUCACAAACUUCGAAAUCAGCAACGACCACUCAAACUACCCAAGAUGGUGGCGACGAAGUGUUGGCAUUGUUCAUCUUCGGCCUGUUCUUGCUCAUUGCAAUCGUCGAGGUCGUCGUGGGCUCGCUCAAUGUUCACAACUGUCCAGUGAAUAAUAUGAUUCCCAUAUGGUUGAUCGUUUCUGGUGGUGUCAGCUGCUUGCGGUACACACUACAUAUUUGCUUCGGAAUAGUGGUCAGUUACAACGUUAAGUUUUUAGUUGUAUCAUCGAUUAAUUUUACGAUCACCAAGAAAAUUUAG